CCACAGCGGAGCGGGGCGGCGCGGGUGGAGGAGCCGGGCGCGCUGUGGGGAGGACGGAGCUCACCUCCUCUGCGGCGCCCAUGGGGACAGGACGACUUUAAAGGAGUUUGGGGGGGGUUCUGGCGCUGGGCGACCACGGAUCCGGCGAUUCCUGCCCUCGCCUCGCCCUGUUAUUGAUGGGAAAUCAACUGGAUCGCAUCACCCACCUGAAUUACAGCGAGCUGCCGACCGGGGACCCCUCGGGGAUCGAGAAAGACGAGCUGCGCGUCGGGGUGGCUUACUUCUUUUCGGAUGAGGAGGAGGACCUGGACGAGCGAGGCCAGCCAGACAAGUACAGCGUGAAGGGCUCCGGCAGCCCUGGCCAGGAGACGCCCACCCACCACCUCCACCACCAGUUCGUGCUGAACGAGACCCAAUUCUCCGCUUUCCGCGGCCAGGAAUGCAUCUUCUCCAAGGUCAGCAGCGGCCCCCAGGCUGGGGACCUGAGCGUCUACUCGGUGUCAGCGCUGCCUGCCCUCUGCAAGCCGGGGGACCUGCUGGAGCUGCUCUACCUGGGGCCGUCGGAGCAGCCGCCGCCGCACUGGGCAGUGUACGUGGGCAGCGGGCAGAUCAUCCACCUCCACCAGGGGCAGAUCCGCCAGGACAGCUUGUACGAGGCGGCCGCGGGCAACGUGGGCCGGGUGGUGAAUAGCUGGUACCGCUUCCGCCCGCUGGUGGCUGAGCUGGUGGUGCAAAACGCCUGCGGGCACCUGGGCUUAAAAAGCGACGAGAUCUGCUGGACUAACUCCGAGAGCUUCGCCGCCUGGUGCCGCUUCGGGAAACGGGAGUUCAAAGCCGGGGGGGAGCUGCAGGCUGCUGCCGGCACCCAGCAGCAGUACUAUCUCAAGAUCCACUUGGCGGAGAACAAGGUGCACACGGUGAGGUUCCACAGCCUGGAGGAUCUAAUACGCGAGAAGCGCAGAAUCGAUGCCAGUGGCAAACUGAGAGUGAUCAAAGACCUGGCUAUAGUGGAUGGGAAAGAAUAGUGCACAGUGAGGGUACAUGGCUAUCUUCCUUCUGCCCUACUGGGGAGCCCAGCCUGCCACAGGGGCAGCUGGCUGCACCUGCUUUCCAUGGGACGCGACUGAAAGCAGGAUCCAUGGCAACAUUCCAAAAAAAACAGCGUUCUUUACACCCAUAGCCAGUAUUCUGUUUGGCUUUUAAUAGUGUUAAUGCUGAAAGAGCGCGUGAGAGAGAGGAAGAAAAGAGGGGGGAGGUGCACGAAGGCUGUUCUCAGAGUGUGUGGACAAAGUCUCUCCUGUUGAUCGAUGUUGACCAUUAUAGCAACACGCUAAUAAAAUUUCAAAUUGAAAUUUUUUUUUAAUUUUUAUUUCAUGGCUUUAAUCCAUGACAAAUUUUAAACACUGGGGGCCAUGGAUGUGGAUUUAACUAAAUGAGUUUUUAGCUAACAUUUGCCUGGCAGCCAACCAAAAGCAUCCAUUGUACUUUUCUAAUUGGAAGGGGUUGUAGGUGGGGGAGUUGUAAAUGCUUGUUUGCUUUGUUUCUCAACACUGUUGCUUCAGCCCAUAGCUGCAAUCCAAAUUUUGUCCCAGCUAACUCUAGCAAGACAUCAACAGGGGAAAAUGCUUUCACAUUUCAGUUUGAAGUUGAUCACAUUUAAAAUAUGUCUUUGCUUUCUGUCUGCAGCUCUCUGCUAAAUGUCAUCAUAAUUCAUAAGCUGCUUCCACCACCCGUCUAAUUUUUUAUUUUGUGAAAAAGUUGGUGAGCAGCUGUUUCCUUGAAACCAAAUUCACUGGUUUGAAGGUGUAUUUUGGAGAGCAGUGUACUCAGUGUUGGUCCUUGGAGAUCCAGCCUCUAGGAUCUUAUGCUUGGGUUGUGGGUUUGUGUCGCUGUAGUGACUCUCAUUGCAACACUGCUUCACUACCUCUUCAUGCAUAAAUCAACAGAAUCCUGCAAGAAACAAAUGGGUUUGAAUUCUGCAUGUUGUCUUUUUAAACAGCAAUUUAUUACGUAUUUACAAUUCCACUUAAAAUAUAUAUAAUGUGGCCAAGUUCAUCUUGCAUUUUAAAUUCUAAGCAACUAAGAAUCCCGUUCAGUCUAAGUUUAGGAAUCCACAGCUGCAUUUAAGACUCCUUUUAAUGUGAUGUGAGCAAUGCCUUGUCUGUAUUUCAGAUCCAGUUCACUCAUUGCUUAACUUGCAGUUUUGAAGUGAAAGAUCAAAAUAUUAAAUAUAUUUACAAUCUAAAAAAUUAUACUGGGGCAUUUCUAAAUCUGUAUUAUUCUAUUUUUAUUACUCUGAGCUGCGUACAACUUGUAAUAAGCAAUUUGUCUUUGCAUGUUUCAGUGCUGGAAAGAAAAUGCAUUUGUUUUUGUCCCCUCUUCCCACAUCAAUGUCAGAUGACAGAAUAGAAGUAACACCCCUGUUCUGUAUGUACAAUACACUCCACCCCCCCUAUCAAUGUUCUGUAUCCUGGCUCCUUUUUGUAUUAAACAAUGUCAUUAGCAACCUUGA